CCGUGAUGAAGGGUCAUCGCUAAGGCUUUUUAGGGGGGCUGAAAUGCCCCUAAAACUUUUCAUAGUACCUCACCCCCCCCACACACACACACACACAAGUACAAAUUAUUUGGUAGUAGUAGGUGUUUAUUGUAAGCUUUUGUCUUAACCUCCCUAAAAGUGAACUUAAUAAAUAGUGCUUUCCCAAAAGUUGGCAAUAAGAUAUUCAAAAUGUCCGACUAAGCUUCUUCUUCUUUUCCUUUCGGCUUGUCUCGAUUAGGGGUCGCCACAGCGUGCCAUCUUUUUCCAUCUAAGCCUAUCUCGUGAAUUUUCCUCACGAACACCCACAGCCUACAUGUCCUCCCUCACCACAUCCAUCAAUCCUUUCUUUGGUCUUCCUCUUGCCUUCUCUUCCUUGACAGCUCUAUCCUUACCAUCCUUCUCCCAAUAUACUCACUCUCUCGCCUCUGGACUUGUCCAAACCAUCGAAGUCUGCUCUCUCGAACCUUGUCUCCGAAACAUCCAACUUUAGCGGUCCCUCUAAUGAGCUCAUUUCUAAUCCUAUCCAACCUGCUCACUCCGAGCGAGAACCUCCACAUCUUCAUUUCUGCUACCUCCAGUUCCGCUUUCUGUUGUCUCUUCAGUGCCACCGUCUGUAAUCCGUACAUCAUGGCCGGCCUCACCGCUGUUUUAUAGACUUUGCCCUUCAUCCUAGCAGAGACCUUUCCGUCACAUGGAACACAAUAUCAUCUGCGAACAUCGCGGUCCAAGUGGAUUCCAGUCUAACCUCAUCUGUCAACCUAUCCAUAACUACCGCAAACAGGAAGGGGCUCAGCUCGGAUCCCUGAUGCAGUCCCACCUCCACCUUAAAUUCUUCUGACACACGUACGGCACAUCUCACCGCUGUUCGGCUUUCCUCACAGAUGUCCUGUACUAUUCUAACAUAAUUGUCCGCCACACCGGACUUACGCAUGCAGUACCACAGUUCCUCUCUUGGUACUUCUGUCAAAGGCUUUCUCGAGGUCUACAAAAACACAAUGUAGCUCCUUUUGGCCUUCUCCGUACUUUUCCACGAGCAUCCUCAAGGCAAAUAAUGCACAUGUGGUACUCUUUCUAGGCAUGAAACCAUACUGUUGUUCGCAGAUACUUCUGUGAGCGAUGUCCUGUUUAAACGUGAUAAAACAUUAAACAUUAAUGAUAGUGUUGAGGGGUGUGGUGGCAUCUCUGAAAAAGGCAUAAUAAUUUUUUUUUUUAAUAUUAGUUACAAAACCUCAAUCAAAAUUAACUAUCAUGACUUUGUGACAUUCUAAGGAAUUUUACGAUUGCGUUCUCAUGAUCCGCCCCAGGUCUUAACUUUGACAACAAUCAUCCUCAAGCGAAGAAAGGAGCAGAAAGUAUGAAAAUUCUUCACUUUCGAAUCUUUGACCGCCUCUCGUUUCGUUAAUUUUUUUUUUUCAUCAUCUUCCGCUUCGUUGUAUCCGCAUUUCUCCGGUUUGAGGCGUUCUCUGUUUCCAGCAGAUGUCAACUUUAACAUUGCAAAACAAUCAUAUAUUGUUGUGUCAUAUUUGCAUAUUAGACGUGACCUUUUUGCGGGGCCUUCAUAUGUUUGGGAAUGUUUCUUUUUUUAAAUUUCAGCAUUUCUUGCCACUUUUGUGACACUUCAAUGAAAGGUUGCGAGCAUGACAUCCUGCUGCUUCCUGCAUUUACCUCGAUGGAGGCAUGUCCGCGCUUGCGGCUGAUGUUUGGGGACUUCGCCACAAGUAUAACGACGAUGUUGGCUUUUCGGUCACGUUGGCGUUAUUACCUAUGAAAUUGCUUUUUUUGCGGGGGGACCAGCUCUGCCAAGGCUUUGGAAGAUGGUAAGUGGCUUCAAAAGUUUGGGAAAGGCUGUUUUAAAAAGUCGAAUCCCUCCAUUUCUUGACAUGCAGUACGGUAUUUGUAACAUUGUGACUUCCUGGCAUCGGAUCAGCGUUUGUUGGGAUUUUAUGAAUACCGCCUCACAUACUCUCAUGCAUGUGAGGCAGCAAACGUUCCCGUGAGCAGCCCCAGGUCUUCGCUUUACCCAAUGAGGGGAAGGGACCCUUUGAUAAUCUCGUAAAUACAACGAACGUCUCUCCUCCUCUCCCUUUCCCUCCCUUCCCGGAGCACAAGUCAGCGCUUUCCAGACGGGCCGGCAAGGACUCACAUGAGGGCUAAAGCUGUGGGGAACUUGCACUCGGCUAUGCAGUAGUAGAGAGGAUUUAGCAUCAAUGCAAGGAGCGGCUCUUUCGACUUUUUAGUCCACCGAUACUUCCCCUCCAAACAUGACCCUUUUAUCCGAGGACCAGUCCGCCAGGCCCCAGCCUUGCCGGGUGCCCGAGCCCGCCAAAUGCGCGGGUUCCUCGUACCGGGAUUCAAAGAACUUGAGCGGCUCCAAAGACUACUUCGUGGACAGCGCGGAGGGCUCCGUCUUCGGGGCAGCGGAGCCCCCCAAGCGCUCGCUGGGCCGCCUGAUCCUCCACGGUCUGGUCAUGUUCGGAAGGGAAUUCUGCUACGCGGUGGAGGGGGCGUUCGUCACGCCCGUGCUGCUCAGCGUGGGCCUGCCGCGCAGCAUGUACAGCCUGGUGUGGCUGAUCAGCCCCAUCCUGGGCUUCCUGCUCCAACCCGUCAUCGGCUCGGCCAGCGACCACUGCCGCUCGCCGUGGGGGCGCCGGAGGCCCUACAUCCUGACACUGGGCCUCCUCAUGCUGGUGGGCCUCACCCUCUUCCUCAACGGCGAUCUGGUCAUCUCGGCUUUGAUCGCCGACAGGUCGGCGCGGCAGACGUGGGCGAUCGCGGUGGUGAUGCUUGGCGUGGUGCUGUUUGACUUUGCCGCCGACUUCAUCGACGGGCCCAUCAAGGCCUACCUGUUCGACGUGUGCUCCUACCAGGACAAGGAGCGAGGCCUUCACUACCAUGCCCUGCUCACGGGUCUGGGCGGAGCGUUCGGCUACCUGGUGGGCGCGAUGGACUGGGGUCACACCGUCCUGGGCCAGCUGCUGGGCUCCGAGUACCAGGUCAUCUACUUCUUCUCGGCGCUCACCUGGAGCGUCUUCCUCACCGUGCACCUCUUCAGCAUUCCCGAGCAGCCCCUGGACAAGGUGGCGGCCCGAGGACCCUCGGCCCUCAGCGCCUUGAGGCAGCUGGUGUCCCAGCGGAACAGCUACGGAACCCUCGGCAAAGAAGCCAAGGACCCUCCGCUGCUGCCCGUACCGGACAUCAGGACGAGGUCCUUCUCCGCUCUUGGGGAGGCCAAACAGCCCAACAAGGAGGCCCGUGAGAGGAUGACGCUGAAGUCGCUGCUGAAAGCCAUCAUCAGCAUGCCCAACCACUACCGCUUCCUUUGCAUCAGUCACCUGCUGGGGUGGACGGCGUUCCUCUGCAACAUGCUCUUCUUCACCGACUUCAUGGGACAGAUCGUCUACAAAGGGAACCCGUACGCCGAGCACAACUCCACGGCCUACGUCACGUACGAGCGCGGCGUGGAAAUUGGCUGCUGGGGCUUAUGCAUCAACGCCGUGUCUUCAGCUCUUUUCUCCUACGUGCAGCGCUCCCUGCUGCCCUACUUGGGCCUGAAGGGUUUGUACUUCAUGGGCUACUUCGUGUUCGGCCUCGGCACCGGCCUCAUCGGCCUUUUCCCGAACGUCAUCGCCACCCUUGUCCUGUGUAGCGUCUUUGGCGUCAUGUCCAGCACGCUCUACACCAUCCCGUUCAACCUCAUCGCAGAGUACCAGCGCGAGGAGGAGGAGGAAAUGAAUCGUCGUGGCGGCGGCGAGGCGGCGCGGGGGACGGGCGUAGACUGCGCAGCCCUCACCUGCAUGGUGCAGCUGGCCCAGAUCCUGGUGGGGGCCGGCCUGGGCACCCUGGUCAACGCGGUGGGCAGCGUGGUGGUGGUGGUCCUCUCCGCCUCCACCGUGUCCCUGCUGGGCUGCGUCUUCAUCGCGCUCUUCAUCAGAUACGUGGAAUGAGGCCCGCUAUCUGGCAUGCUUAUCAGAGCUGCAGCAGACAACACCCCUGGUAAAGAAACUCAGCAUUCCGCAGGCCCGGCGGUGACACGCGCGGGUCACCUGGAAUUAGGUCAGCGCUCAUUGUGUAGCAAGGAGGUCACCGAUUAAUCCUUUAUCAAAUCAACGUGGAUUUUUGUUCCUUUGGUGUAAGUAUACAUUGAAAUCAGACCCAAAUAGGAUCAAUAAUUUGUUGUUACUCUUAUUUACACCCUGGACGUGUUGCCAGCCAAUCACGUGACACAUGUGGACAAUGGACCUUUCCGACCUGUCAAUCACUCGUACAAUAAUAGCCAAUCAGAUAGCCGCAUUGUCCUAACCCCCUGGCUUGACACGCCCCUCUCGCCGUAUUGUCCCACAAGCAAUGCUGGUUGUCACUAGUGUGCGCUUGGAAAAGUUAAUGUUACGAAGAAACUGGUCCUUAGAACGUGCAAUUCUGAUGAAAGAUAUCCUGCUAGGUUACAAGGUGAUUAAUUUUCCAAAGUCUUAAAACACAGUUGACGAAGUGUCUACGAUGGAGUAAGAGCGCACGUACAACUAAAUGUGGACAAUAUCAACAAACACAAGGCUGCA